CCCACCCGGGGCACUGUUACCACGGAGUCGCUUCGUGGUCGCCGGUCGUCCUUCGCCUCUUUCCUUCGCCUGCGUCCCUCCGCGGGCGGGUUGAGGCGAAGGCAGUGAAGGGCCGCCCCCGCCGCCGCCGCAGCUCGUGGGCUGGGCAAGGCGGGCAAGCCGAAGCCAUGGCGUCGUACAUGGGGAGCCGAACCCUGAGCAAGGACGACGUGAACUACCGGCUGCACUUCCGCAUGAUCAACGAGCAGCAGGUGGAGGACAUCACGCUGGAGUUCUUCUACCGUCCCCACACCAUCACCCUGCUCAGCUUCACCAUCCUCAGCCUCAUGGCCUUCGCUUUCACCAGGGAUGAUACAACCCCAGAAGAUAAUAUUUGGAAAGGCAUUCUCUCUGUGAUUUUUUUCUUUCUAAUCAUCAGUGUUCUAGCAUUUCCAAAUGGUCCUUUUACUCGACCACAUCCUGCAAUAUGGCGCAUGGUUUUUGGUUUGAGUGUUCUCUAUUUUCUGUUUCUGGUGUUCCUGCUCUUUCUUAACUUUGAGCAGGUGAAAUCGGUGAUGUACUGGCUGGAUCCUAAUCUCCGAUAUGCAACGAGAGAAGCAGAUAUCAUGGAAUAUGCUGUAAAUUGCCAUGUUAUCACUUGGGAACGAAUCCUCAGCCAUUUUGACAUUUUUGCUUUUGGACACUUCUGGGGCUGGGCAAUGAAGGCUUUGUUGAUUCGCAGCUAUGGGCUGUGUUGGACCAUUAGCAUCACCUGGGAGCUAACUGAGCUGUUCUUUAUGCACCUGCUGCCUAAUUUUGCUGAAUGCUGGUGGGAUCAAGUUAUUUUGGAUAUCCUACUGUGCAAUGGGGGUGGCAUCUGGUUGGGCAUGGUGGUUUGCCGUUGGCUGGAGAUGAGGACCUAUCACUGGGCAAGCUUCAAAGACAUUCACACCACUACAGGCAAAAUCAAGAGAGCUGUAUUACAGUUCACUCCAGCAAGCUGGACUUACGUUCGCUGGUUUGAUCCCAAAUCUUCAUUUCAAAGAGUAGCAGGAGUAUACCUCUUCAUGAUUAUUUGGCAGUUGACUGAACUGAACACAUUUUUCUUGAAGCAUAUCUUUGUUUUCCAAGCAAGUCACCCAUUAAGUUGGGGUAGGAUCCUUUUCAUUGGAAUAAUUACAGCACCAACUGUGAGACAGUACUAUGCUUACCUUACAGACACACAGUGCAAACGGGUAGGAACUCAGUGUUGGGUGUUUGGAGUUAUUGGUUUCCUUGAAGCUAUUGUAUGCAUCAAAUUUGGUCAAGAACUCUUCUCCAAAACACAAAUAUUGUAUGUGGUGUUUUGGCUCCUUUGUGUGGCUGUUACUACUUUCCUAUGUUUGUAUGGAAUGGUUUGGUAUGCAGACCACUAUGGACAACGAGAAAAGCCACAUAUCUCGUGUGUGUGUGUGAAUUGUUUGUCAGGAAUGGAAGAUAGUCUACCCAAACACUCAAGCAACAGUGAGAGCCAUUCAUCUAGGAGGAGAAAUCGCCAUUCAAAAACAAAAGUAACCAAUGGGAUUGGCAAGAGAUAGAGAGAUGGACAAUUUCUAGAUUUGUUCUGGAAGUGUGCCUGAGAGCGAAGAAGCAAAACUGGGCCUGGUUCUGAAUUCCCUCUUUGAAGGUCAACAAGAAAAGAGGAGGAGAUGGAGGGAGAAACAACUUCUUCAACUGGACGUGGACCUUGUUAAGAUGGAGCUCAUCUGUGUAUUGCAAAUCAUUAGCUGCUGUCACUUGCCAUUCACUGGCUAAAAUCUAACCUCUUCUGCACUUGACACUCAAAACAGUAAUAGUACUAUGUUUAAAGGCAAAAUAGUUGCUCCUGAGGGGUUCAUGUGACAGUCUUAGUUCAAGUAGUGUGAUGCCUUCUGAAGGCCUUUCUUGAGUUGUGAACGAUAACCCAAAGUUAACUGGCUACCAGUUUUUUAUUUCUCUAUUUUGUUUUGUCAGUGGAUUUUUAAAAUUUUUCUUUUGCAUUUUUGUCUGCUUUACUGAAAGUUGUUCAGCCUUUUUCUCCAUCUGACAGCUGUGUUUUUCUGUGCUAUUAGCUUUGUAGGAAAUCAGCAUUACCAUAAUUCAGUCAGUAGGCUAGAAAGUAUUAGGAAGCUUGUUCAUUAUUUUGUCCAGUUGAUUUUAUAAUUUCUGGCUCUGUUGAAUGUUUGUUUUGUUCAUUCCUGCUUUAGAUAGUAAUGAACCUCUGUUGUGCAACAAGGGCUAUGCCUGCCCUAGGCAGCAUGGAUCCAGACCCAGCCUCCUUUAAACACAUGGCUAUAUCUUAUUUAUUUUAUGGCAGCUCAAGUGUUUCCUGCUUGUUUAUCAUCUCUUCAGGUAUACCAAACAGUCCCCCCCAACCCCCAGCAGCAAAAACAUGAGCCCAGUUUUAAAGAAAUUAACCCAUCCUUAAGUCUUUGGAAUCCUCCACCAGGCUGGAUAAACUGGCUGAUUCAGGAGAGUGCUUAUCCCUGGUUUAUGUAAGUUUGCUCCACUACUUCCCGGGGUCACUUUUACAGAAUGCUUCAAUCAGUUUUGUUGUGUUGUGUUUCCUUGUUUAUGAAAAAAAGCCAUAAAGUACACUAAUUACAACGCAGUGUCAAACAAAGCUAUUCCCAAGAAAGGGAACAAUCAAAAUAAGGAAUGAUUUAACUGUGGAAAUUUUGCUACUGGGACAAAGAGGAUUUUGCAUAGGUUUUGUUUUUUGUGUUUCAGUGGGCUUCCUUUGUUAUGUGCCAAUUGGGUUAAGGGGUGGUUACUCCAGAAGAUUUGGCAAAGGAGAUAGGUUAAAUAAGAACCCACAUCCUUAGCAUCACUCUUCAUUUGGGAAGUGCUGCUUACUGUGAUAUUGCCACAGGAAAUGCACCACAAGAUCUGAAAUACGCACAAGAUUUGAAAGACUGCAGCAUGAAGUGAUUGUAAAUGUAGAAUACCACCAUAAUCCAUGCUGUUUUAUGUUCCUAGAGGAUCAGCUUUCAGAAUGUGAUCAUUAUGCAGCUGCUAAUCCAGAAAAAGCUCUGUUGUUCUUUUUAAUCACGAAUGUGUAGACUUCUGUAUCAAGCUGCUAUAUCCAAUUUGCUGAAACUAUGCUGAAAUUUACAGAAUAGGGGAAAUGGAUGCAUCUGUAACAUUUUUCUUUCCAACAAAUAUUGAUUCUUCAUUGAUAUCCUGAAAGCUGUGAACUUACAUGUUUAUGUAUUCUUAGCAUGCAACAUAAUUCUUGAAUGUAGUUGGGAGAAGCUAAUGUAAUUUCUUCAGUUUUAUCUGAUUCUUUGUCAGUUUCUAAAAGGCAGACCAAUUUUUUCCUAUUUUGUUCAAGACCAAAGCCAUAAGAUUUUAAUUUUCUUGUGAAAAUGGCAGGUGGCUUAUUGUUAUUGUUAAUAACAUCCAAAGAGCCUGCCUUGUUUUGCAGUGCUUGGAAUAUGCAGAAUUCUGGCUCUGCUGAGGUCAAUAAUAAAAUUCCCAUUCACCUUGUGAGGAGUGUGUGCUCUGGUCUGCAGUGCAGUUUCAUGUAGAAAAACCACGUUAGGCAGUUGAAAUGAGUGCUUAUAUACACACUUUUCUGUCUCGUACAGAUAAUGGGUGCAUAUGCUGACCUUUUGUAAAACCAGAGCUGGUAUUAACAUUUACAGUGGCUGAAAUGCAGUGGGCCAUGUGUGUAGGGGCUUUUGAAAUACCUCCUGUCAGCAGUUAACUCCCUGAGCAUCCUGAAAAGCUGCUUUGAAGAAUCCAUGUGAAUGGAAACAACUGCUGGAAGGGGAAAUGGACAAGAGAGCACUAUGCACACAAAGACUUUUGCACUUGAACUUUGGUGCCUGGCUUCUGAACUUUCCCCAAUUCUAAAAGACUAUUUUGCAUGAGUAAACUUGCAAAAGGAGCACUCUUUUAAUUAGUCCCUUUAGACAACAGAGCGAAUGUAUCCGUAAAUUGAAUCCAUAAUCUGACACCCACUUUAAAAAAAUACAUUAUGUAAAAUCCUUAAGUAUUGCAUGUUCUAUGGGCAUGUUGUGUAGAGCCAUCAAAGUAAUAUGUACUCUGGGUUCAUAUUCAGUCUUUAGGGCGAUAACAUUUGCUCUACAUUUUCCAUGAAAAUGAGCCUGAACAGAAGCAAUGGUGAAAUGGGGCUUUGAUCAGGUCUAGUUAUACAGUGGGGUCAGACUUGAGAGUUUCAUCCCAUAACUAAAUCAAUUUUGCACAUGAGCUGUAUAUCAUCCCUGUACUGAGAAUUCUGGGAGGUAUGUACUUACAUCCAUGUAUAUGUUUUUAAACUUGCUUUCUGACUUUUUUCUUUCCUCCCCGCUAUUUUAUUUUUCCGCCUGCAGACACCCCAAGCUGUGGUGGGGGCUGUUCUUAAAUUAAGCAUUUAUUGUGUGCUUAUUGACAAAGAGGUUGACCUGGUUCCUCUGGAGACUGUACCACCACAUCAGUCCUUGAUGGGGGAGCCUCACUGUUAUGCCAUGGCAUGAACAGUGGCAAAAGGUUCUAAUAUUGCAAAAGGGUUUUGAUGCAAAAUAUGUGUUUUCAUUCUUUUAAAGAAGGCCAGAAGGGACUUAGAAUAAGAAUGGAGAAGUCUAGCCACCCAGCGCAAACUUAUUACAGCUACCAGUAUUAAACCUGGGUAACUCAUUCUUAUGUGUCAGAGACAAUGUCUUAUAAAUGCAUGCAAUUUGGUUUCAGCUCUGCUUUUGGUUACUCACCUUUGAAAAAUAAAGUCCUGAAUGCCUGAGAUUAA